CCAGCCAGAAUGCAUACAUUCCUCCCACGGCUGCUCCAAUCGGCUGGUAGGAGAGUCCGGCCCGUCUGAUUCCACAGUGUGGCGGCCGCGAGACACUGUAAAGAGGGGCUGAAAGGUGAGAAGGUGGAAGGGAGAAGGUCGCGCGGGGGGGGGGGGGGGGCGGCGGUGUCGCUGACCCGGCUGCACAGCAGAUGGGGGCCUGUGCCUGUUUACUCACGAGUAACAUUUUUCUGCUGGACCGGAGUGGAGAGGGGCUAGUAGACGAAAUGGAGGAGCUCAAGUGAAACGUGAAUUACUUAUGAUGGUUACCAUUAUUAUUAUGUUACUUCAACUUAUAUUAUUAUCCCGCCUCCACCAAAGAGCCCAGGAUGGCAAUUAGUUAAGCGGCACUAAUAAGCUGGGCUUCAUUUCAACCAGUUUGUAGAGCAGACGAGAUUGCCUCUGAACACGUGCAGAGUGCGCUUUUCUCACCCUUCCGUAACCGCAGCCUCUGGUUGAGGCCGGCGGAGGAGGUUUCUCAGAUCGCGAGUCUUGAGGCCAUGGGUUAGAUUCUGAGCUUCAGUUCUUCCUGUUCUAGAAAUCAAAAUAAGAAGAGAUGUGGAAUGGAAGCAGCCUUGCCAGCUCAGUUUCAGAAAAACGCCCGUCUCCUUCCCGAUUACCAAAUGCACAGGGGUGUAACAAAUGGAACUUUUCUCAUCACUUUUCUGCCCUGUCAAAUUGUUCUUUAUUAUUUUUUUCCCUUUGGCAUAUAGGUGCCAAAGUUAAAGGUGGGGGGAGCUGGCAAACUUGGUUAGGAAUUAAGCUGCCUGGAGGGUAACCAGGGUAGGACAGAAGGUGAGAAAUAUAUAUCCAAUAUAUAUCCUUCUGUUAUAUUCCAAUGCAUUUAGGGCAGUUAAAUAUCAACUGCAUGUCAAUAAUGAGUUUGACCAAACUGCGGGAGGCAGUGGAAGACAGGAGUGCCUGGCGUGCUCUGGUCCAUGGGGUCAUGAAGAGUCAGACACGACUAAACGACUAAACAACAACAAAUGUUUACCUAAUUCUGGGUUUUAAUAUUGUAUUUGAAUAAUGCAACAUUGCCUGCCUUUACUUAAGAAAAUAUCUUUUUAAUCAGCUGCACUAAAUUUUGCAAACUUUAGUGUUUUGAAAGUUAAAAUGUUUUAUAAAAGGUGGUUUGUUACAGAAAACAUCCUUUCUUGCAUGUAAAUAUGUUUUAGGAAAGCACAUUUUGAAGCAGAUGCAAUCAAAAUUUGUUUCAAGGUAGGUGGGUGGUGCUAGGCCAAACCAACCAACCAACUAACCAAAGAGGCAAACCUCAUAAAGUGCUAAAGAAAACAUAUUGUUUGCGAAUGCACUCCAGUUGUAAGAAAACUACAACAGUGUUUGUGUUCUGCUUAUAUUUUGAGGCAGUAAAUAAAAUAACAAUUUUCCCAUAGCAUCCUUUAUGAGUAUUUUGGAAGGGACCUCAUAUGUCAUUUAGUCCAGCCUGUUGAUGCAAGAAAUUUGGUAGCUUAGUGUUGUUGUUUAUCUGAGAUUGGUGAAAAUGCCCUCCUCUUCUGCAUACUACUAGCCCCUAUGGAAGUGUCUUGCUGCUGUGGGGAUAAUAAUCUUACAGGACUGUUGUGAAGCUUGCUGAAGUAAUGAGUAAUAGAAUUGUAGAGCUGGAAGGGACCGUGAGGGUCAUCUAGCCCCCUGGUAUGUAGGAAUCUUUCCCCCAAUGUGGGGCUCAAACCCACAACCUUGAGAUUAAGAGUCUUAUGCUAUACUGACUGAGCUUUCCCAGAAUACAUGUCAAGUGUUUUGAACACUCAGAAGAGCUAAGUGUGACUAGCUGUACUACAGUAGUUUGUACCACAGUUGGUGCAUAUAAGUGUUAGUUGAGCAGCCGGAUUGUGGUUGUCAGGUAAUGAAUUUUAAGCAUAACCAAAAAAUGAAGUUGGGCAGGUUGCUUUCUACCUAUCACACAAUCGGUUGUGUCUCACAGGUUGUUAGGAUCAGAAUGGUAAAGCAUUUUCCCACACUGAGAAACCCAGCCGAAAUCACAGUGGUAAUAGUGUGCUACAGAAAGGAAGAUGUUGAUGUUCCAAUAUGAUAAUUGGGCCCACCAUGGCCAUCAGAGGACAUUUCUUGCAAAUAAGAACUAUUCAGUAAAAAGACUGGUAUCCACCAGCUUGGACUAGACUAGAAUUACAGGACUGGAGUAGGCAGGAGCAACCAAAAAGGAAGGUUUAAAAGUGUGAUUUGACUGUGGAGCAUCAGUGAUGGCUGGUACACACUGGGACUGGUAGAAGGGAGCCCAGAGCCAAUGACAGGGAGAGCCAACUACUUUUUGGCCCAGUCCUCCUACCUGCUGCAUUCUACAAGGACUGAGACCCAGGAGGAGGAAGGUGACAGGCAGUACCACCCCCUGGACUGGUUGUAAGCAAGAAGAAAGUUGGCUGAGGGCAUACUGAGAUUUGCUCUAAUGGACCAGCCUGCACUGGGAGGAGCUACCCCCUGGUUUGAAUGACUGCAUAUUUGUCCAGAGAGUUAAAGGGCGAUCUUUUCUUUCAUUCACUAUAAUUCCAGUAUGCCCUUCAUGCUGACAUGUGAUCUGACAGUGCUUAAGUGAGACUGAGCUGAAGGGUAAAGAUAGUAGAUAAGAUUGUAACCCAAAAGGUAGUUUAGGUUAAAUGGUGAGCCUGCAGGUAGGGCCUGCCCUUCUUACUCUUCAUUAGCCCAACACUUUGAUGUGUGUGCUGUAUGUGCAGUAAAUAUGAUUGGUGUAUCUGAAAUUCUGGAGGGCAUGGAUAAGGUAAAAGCUUGGGAACCUAGGAAGCAGGAGUAUGGGCAACAGUGGAGUCUAGAUAGGGGCAUGAAUGGGGAUCCUUGAAAUUGACUGGAAAGGGAAGGAAACAGUGAAAUAACAGCUAGGUCUGCCAUGGUCUUGGUGGUGGGAAUACACCAGCAGAGUUCAGGAAGCUGCAAGUGCCCCCACUGUUGACUUUCCCCCAACUGUGUUGCUUUUGUUUUUCAUUUUGCAGAUGGCCCAAAAGCUCCUCCUCAGGCCAUUCCUCUCCAUCCCUGCCAAGCUUCUCUCUGGGCCACUCCGCUCCCAGCCACCUUUGCUUCUCUGCCGGGUUUCGGCUGCGCCCUGCAAUCUCACCUGGCGCCUGCCCGUCCCCUUCACUACUGUGCCUGCAACUACUAGGACAUUUUCCACUACGUUGGUCUUCAGGCACACCUUUAACAUCCAGGAUGGGGAUGACUUCCAAGACAGAGUUCUGAAGAGUGAGAAGCCGGUGGUGAUUGAUUUCCACGCCCAGUGAGUGCAGAGGGUUUUGUUUCUCCUUGACUUAAAGUUGUCAGCAUCAGUUCCUGCCUGAUCACUAGUUCAUGUGUGUAUUAGACCACAAUGUGCACAAAUGCACACCUUGGAUAAAUGGUGUGGAUGGUCCAGUCCUCUGAGUCCCCUUCUAGCUAUGAAGUGCUUGUAGGGUGAUAGUGACAUGCAACAUGUCCACUAAUAGUAAUUUGGCAUCUUCCCUGUUCUGUUACUUGAAUUAUGUUAAUUACAUGCAACCAAAAUAUGCAGCUGCUGGGUUGCAUCUCCCUGUUCGUUUGUUACGUCAAUAGCAAAUGCUGAAAGGUUUUUAUUUUAUGCUUUUAUUGUGUAGGUGGUGGCUGUUUGCAAUAUAGCUAGAGCUAUUCCAUAGCAAUAAAGAGAGACUGCAAACAUCUUUGUAGCUACAUGACCUUUCAGAUCAAAACAGUCUUAAAAAUUAACUUGGUUGAACUGUGUCAAGAGUCUGCCUGCAGCUCUCAAAUGCUAUUGGAGUUUUUGUUUUGCUAGACACUUUCCAUGUCAGAUCUGGGGGGAGAGGAAGGAGACGAGAACCACUGUGGGGGUGGCUGCUUAGCGACCACGGAAGCAGUGGGAGCUAGCUGACUUCCGCAGUACCUUCAUUCCAAAUAUGCCAGCUCAAAAGCAGUUAGUCCCAGACAGCCCUGAAGGGACGAAGGUAGGUGUGGCAUGGAAUAGCUUGGUCCAGGUGUCAUUGCAUCAAGGAUUAGGAGGGGUUUUUUUCUCCCUCCCCCCCCCCCAUCCCAUGCUCUUCUUUUUGAAAGGGCAAAAUAUUGUUUUUAUUUUUGUAUUGAUUUCAACAAAACCAAGCAAAACAAUGCAUGCUUACAUUUUUUAAUAACCCAAAUGGCGCAAAGGCAUCCAUUCACUAUCGUACUUCUGACUCAGUACAAAAUUUGUUGAGGUAUGUUUUGCAAGGGACCUUGAUACAUGAAGUCUCCUCUGCUCAGGUGCAAAACUGGUGUAGGAAAAAACAGCACCUGUGAAAACUGUCCUGUAUGGCGAUAACUCACAGGUCUAUUAAGCCCAAGGUACAGUGCUUGAGAACUAGCUGUGGGAUCCUAAAUGAGUGUACUCUGGACCAAACAGAUAGUUGUUGUGUGAUCCUCACAUGUAGUGGUAUAUCUGGGGCUUUUUUACGGCUCUGGCUUCUGUAUGCAUAAGGAAAGGGUUCCAAGAUGUUUUCCAAACACCUCUGUGUGAGAGCCUGGGUUCAGUUAGGUGAUGAGCUACAAUUUUUAUGUGCUCCCGUUCUUAGGAAACAGCCUAGUGUUAAAUCAAUCUUCCCUGAGCAUGUGAUAGGCUAUAGUUUGACACAUUACAGCAGCCUCCCCCAACCUGGUGACCGGCAAAUAUUACUGGACUACAUCUCCCAACAUCCACAACCAGCGCAGCCAAGGUCAGGGCUGAUGGGGUUUGUAGUUCAAAACAUCUGGAGGGCACCAGGUUACAGAAAGCUGCAUUGUGGAGCUCAUGCCUUAAUCAGAAUGAUCACAUGGCAACUUCAGUGUGCAAACUCACUCUUGUUUAACCCUUAGGGCUCUCUCUGGCAGAUGUUAGACCACUUUGUAAAGGGAAUAUAAGACCACCUGUAUUGGCUAGAAUGUAUACAGUGGUACCUCUGGUUAUGAACUUAAUUAGUUCCGGAGGUCCGUUCUUUACCUGAAACCGUUCUUAACCUGAGGUACCACUUUAGCUAAAGGGGCCUUCCACUGCUGCUGCGCCGCUGGUGCACGAUUUCUGUUCUCCUCCUGAGGUAAAGUUCUUAACCCAAAGUACUAGUUCCGGGUUAGCAGAGUCUGCAACCCAAAGUGUUUGUAACCCGAGGUGUUUGUAACCCAAGGUACCACUGUAAUGGGUUUUUAAAGGGCUCAGUGAAAAUGGGGUUCUCCUGCUUUCUGUCCCACAUUCACCCUAUGGCACAAAACAGCAUGAAAGUGGCUCAAACGUACCUUUGAGUGUCCCUUGCAGGAAAACACCCCAAGCUGUCUGUAAAGUGCUCCUUGUAGCUCGGGGCUUUGAAUUGUUAAAACUGCUGUAAACCUGCCCAGCACAUGCAUGCUGUUCUUUAAUUUAAUCAAUAUCAGGCUUGAUAUUUAAAGUUAAGAGGGUUUCUCCUGCAGCUAUUAAAGGCAAGCUCACCCCAGAAAAUAGGGGAGGAGUUCAGAGUGUUUUGAAAAGCUUCACCACCUUUUUCCUGCUGCCUUUGCUUUUCCCUCACUGAACUCUUAAUUUCUUUUCUCUCCUUGGAGGUGGUGCGGUCCCUGCAAGAUCUUGGGCCCCAGGCUAGAAAAGAUUGUGGCCAAACAGAAGGGGAAGGUGUUGAUGGCAAAAGUAGACAUUGACGACCACACAGACUUAGCCAUUGAAUACGAGGUAAGUGCUCAUAAACCUCCUAAGAAAUAUACAGAAUAUGAGUUGCAUAGAACAACUUGGUUUGCUCUUCAUUUGUUCUGAUUAGGAACCUAGGAGGAGCUGCCUUUUCUAACCUGGGGUCCUCUAGAUGUUUUGGACUACAACUCCCAUCAGCCCCAGCCAGCACAGUUGUCCAAAACAUCUGGAGAGCUCCAGGCUGGUAAAGGAUGCUCAAUGGGACUCAUGGUCUUGACUGAGAUAAACCAGAGAGUGGUGACAGAAGAUGGAUUUAUUCAAUAAAUUAAUAGGGGAGCUGUGGCAGAAGAGAGAUGAAGGUCCGGUGGUGCAAGAAGCCUUUGUUUGCGGGGAGAGAAUCCCUGGGUGAUGAUAGAAGAGACCCUGGAGCAGCCAACUCUUGAUGGUCACUGUGUGGGAAGAGUAGUUGCAUUAUGGAGGAUGCCAAGAGGCAGGCAGGCAUCAGAUGGCUUAGAACCAGGCUAGCCCCCUGGACGUUGGACUCCAACUCCCAACAGCCCCAGGAAGCAUGGCCAGUGAUUGGGAUGAUGGGAGUUGGAGUCUUAAUAACAUCUGGAAGGCAGCACAUCAGCUACCCCUGGCUUUAGAAGGUGGCAGGACUACAGAGAGUCAAGAACAGCAUUUGUAACCAAGGUAAUCAUAAGCAGAUAUGCUCAUUCCCUGCAAAAGAAAGCCAUAUUUCCAAGACCCAUUUCCAGAUAACAGUAAGCCUAGAAUUUAUUUCUUCAUACAAGCUGGGAUAGCUUAAUCCGCAGAGCAUGAGACUCUUAAUCUCAGGGUUGUGGGUUUGCUUGUUGAGCAAAAGAUUUCUUCCUUGUAGGGGGUUGCACCAUUGUGGAGGGUAGAAGACCCUUGUAGUCCCUUCCAGCUCUACAACUCUGUUAUUCUUAACUCCCACCCCCUUUUUUUUUUAGUUGGUUUGUUCUUUUUUUACAGAAUCCUUUCUGUAUCAGCUACCAGAUUCAAUAUGCAGAGCUUUACAGAAGGCUGGUCCUUUCCUCUGAUGCUUAGGACACAAGAAGAGUUUUGUCUGAUACUUAAAUUGAGAAGGGUAGAGGGGCAGUGGAAAUUGGUGGUGGAAACUUUAAAAACAAGAAAAGCUAUGCUUGGCCCUCCCUCUACAUUCUCACUUAAAGGCAAGACCAUAGCUUAGUGAAAGAGUGUACGCUUUUCAGGAAUAAAGCCCCAUAUUGUAUCGCUGAUUAAAAGCGUUCCAGUUAAUAGGCGCUGAGGCACCUAAGAUCCUGGAAAGCUACUACUAGCUGAAGUAAGCAAUGCUGGGCUAGAAGUCCAGCAACCUGGUGCUUUGUAUAAGACGUCUUCAUGUGGCAAAAUGAUUUUUGCUUCUUUUUAGUUUGUGGCCUUAAGAUCCUAAACAAUUUUCUACUUUGCUGGACUUUUUGAGUCCUGCAGAUUCCAUGCAAAUGGGCAGUAAAUCUCCCGCUCCUAUCAGUCUUCCCUCCCUCGCUCUUGUUUACAAGACAGCGGCCCACCAUCUCAGCCUGGAAAUUUCACAACAACUUUUCUGCUGCGGCAGAUUCUUUGGAAGGGAGAGGGAGGGAGGGACCCCCUCUGUGAGCCUUGGAAUGCCUGUACAUUCCUUCGCGCAGGCCCUGACCUGCCCUGGGCUCCGGAGCUGUCCCAAUGGAGCAUCCAUCCAUGAAGUAUUUUCCUGCUGCGAAAAAAUUUCACAGGGAUUCUUCCCAGAAGGGAUUCAGCUCUGACCAGAGCUUCCUUCUCCUGAUUCCCAAAUAGGGAAGGCUUUUGGACACCCUGGGUCAAAGUCCUGGUGCUGCUGCUGCAUCUUCUUCUUCAACGCUUCCUGGUGAAAUGGCUAGGCAUCUCCAACUGACCUAGUUUAUUGCCUGGGACAAAUUCCUCAUUUGUUAAACGGAUGGGCCGGCCCUGCCCAUGUCUCUUCCUCUUGCUUAGUUGGUCCUUUCUCCCUCUUUCAGGCCGGGGGCCCCUCCUUGCUAUGCAACUUCUCCCAGAGAGGCAGGAAGAGGGGCCUGUCUCAGCCUGCCGCCACCUUGCCUUGAACUCUUUCAGUUUCCCCACCGCCUCUUAACUUUGGCUUGCUGCCACUAUCCCUUGUUAUGUUCCAGUUGAGUCAAUAGUGUUCCAGUGGUGACCCUUCUCUUCACACAGCCGCUGGGUGAUUUACAGAUGGUGCUGUGAGUGGAAUGAACAAAGAGAACUUCUGGUCUCCUUUGCCCAGAGUCCUGAUGUCCCACCUCAACAACGUGACCUGUAACCAAUCAUUAUUUUAUAUGCUGCCUUUCAGGUGGACCCAACGAAAGCUGUUUGAAUAAACCUAUUACGGCAAGAAGCACUGAUUAUAAAAUUAAAACCUACAAGGCAGCUAUUUGGCACAAAGAAGCUAUUUCUGUUUCUUCUCGUCUUCCCUCGAGGAAUUAUGCUCCUUCAGAAGCCCCUCUAGUGGCAUUUGGGGGAAGAAGUGGAACAAAUCCACCCCUCAUGGGGUAUGGGGUUAGCUGGAAAGUGGGUCAGCUGCUGCUCGUUUAAAGACAUUGCCUAAAAUUCUUAAAAUAGCAAACACUUACGAGCCAUGAAUCAAAAAUCAUAGGAAAAUAGGAAGCUGCCUUAUAUCAAGUUAGACUUUUGUGAAGAUUGUCUACUAAACUGGCUGGCAGUAACUCACUCAGAUUUCAGGCAGAGGACAUUCCCAGCCCUACCUUGAAAUCUGGGCAUCGAACUUUUGUAGGUUUGAACUUUUCUCUCUCUUUCGCUCUCUCUCUCACACACACACACACAUCUUGCACUGUCAAGCAUAUAAUUAUAAAGGUCAUACAUAAUACUCAAAACCUCCUGCCUAAUAUCUUCUUAUGACCUUCAUUCAGUUUCAAACCCUAAUCACAGCUUUCUAAGGAGUCUUUGCCAGUUUUCAAAGAAUGGAGGGCCUUAGCUGCUUGUCCUUUACUUAGCGUAUAUUUUUCACAUGUCAGGAAUUAAAUUCAGAUUUUGAGUCUGUCUUGGUAUGGAUGGGGAACGAUUAAAUGUUCCACACUCUAUUGAUUUAUGCCUAGCAUAGAAAAAGUCCUUGUAGUGUUAAACUGUGGAUGGGAAGAGUGACUCAGCAGUUAACAUUCUUUGCAUUCUACCCAGGAGACCUUGCUCUGCCCCAGACCAUUUUUAUAUACAGCUUGCUCUCUGCUUUGUGGCUGCAAUUUGGGCAUGGGGAGAAUAAGGUACUGGAUCCUCACUCUAUAAAGUGCUUUUAUUGCUUAUUUGCAUCCCACAUGUCCCCACAAGUAAAGCAUCUGGCUCUUUCUAAAAAUGAAGAAAAGAGGAGCUUUCUGGGAGUGUUUUGAGGGCCCAGGAAUUUUUAUAGUUGUCCCCUAGAGGGCACUAAAGAACAUCAGUUAACCAUAAUCUAUAAUCUGUUGCAUGUUGAGCCUUCAUUAGGUUUUUCUUUUAAAAAAAACACACACACACAUCCUGGAGUAACCAUAGGAUGUGGCACUCUUAAGGAGCUGCAGUGCAUUGGCCAGCAGAGGGGAAAGGCUGGGGCCCAGCUGAAACAGGCCUUCUGAGUCCAGAGUGUUGGUGGAAAAGAGAAGCCAGAUCUCCCAGGGCUUUCCAUUGGGGAAGCUUUGCGUGUGGCAAAUUGCUGAUGGCUGCAAGACGCAGCGCAGCUGGGAGCAUGUUUGAUGAGAAAGCACAUUCCAGGGAUGGACAGCAGGCAAGAUAAGGAUAGGACAGGACCCAGUGGCUGAGCUGUCUGCAGAUAAGGGCGCCAGAGGGGAGCUGUGGAAUGUGUCAGCCCCUUCUGAAAUAUUUACAAAUUCCUCUCUCGUCAGUCUCUGGACUACUUUAAUGGGCUUGCUCACAUGUGGGGGGGGGGUAGCCUGUGGUUUUAAAGCACUGGGCCCUGCAGUACUCAGCUAGCAAGCCCCUGCAGAUCCUCUUCCUGUUGUUGCCUGAUCCCUGGCUGUCCUCUCAAUCCUUAGUCAAAAUUGGGCAGUAAGAAGCUGAUAGAUCAAUAAGGCAACUUGCAGGAGGGGGAGGGGUGUAGCAUGACUCCAGAAACAUGAGCUACAUUCACACCAUACAUUUAGAGAGCUACAAUACCACUUUAAACAGUCCCUGCUUCCCCCAUAGAAUUCUGGGAGCUGUAGUUUGCUAAGAGUUCUGAGAGUUGUUAAGAGACCCUGUAUUCCUCUUACGGAGCUACAAUUCUUAAAGUGGAUUAACAGUCAAGCCCUCUUCCCAGGGAACUCUGGGAGAAGAAUAGGAGACCUCCUAUAACCUCUCAGCACCUUUAACAAAUGGCAGCUCCCAUAAUUAUUUGCGGGGAAGCCAUGACUGUUAAAAGAAGUAUCAUGGUGCUUUAAAUGUAUGGUACAAAUGUGGCCUUCUGGUGUUCUGCUUCACCACUCUUAAAAUAAAUAUACUGGUGGCUGGGCUAUGUGUAUUCAGUAGUUGUGCUCUACCCUUUAAGAAGUUAGAAGGCCUCAGUCUGUGUUUAAAGCAGAGGUUGGAUAUCCCCCCCCACCAGAUGUUGAACUGCAGCUCCCAUCAUCGUUCCUGGCCAUUGACCAUGCUGCCUGGGACUGUUGGAGAGUCCCACAAGAUCUGGUGGGCCAUGGAUUCCCCCAGCCCUGAUAUAAAGCAUGUUAGUUACUUUGGAUGCAAAUUCAGGUUUGAAACCGCGUAGCGAAUCUCUGGCCAACCCUUUGAAGGCAGAGGGGUGGGAUUCCAGAGGACAGAGCUUCAGUGCCCUCCUUGUGACAGGCAGAAAUGAUUGUACAAAAUAAGCAAAUGUAGAGCCUCCUCUAUCUAAAGCACACACACACACACGUAUAUCCUGGAUGCUGUAAGUCUGUCAUAUUCACUCUUCGACCACUUUGACACCGCAAAGAGGGACACAUCCAUUUUUCUCUCCGCUUCUGUUUGGGCACAGUUAAAACCAUAUUUAGGGAUAAGAAGUCAGGCAAUGACAUCUGCAGAACUGGAGUAUUCCUGUAUGUGAACUUGAUGUCAGUUGCAAGCUAGAAAUAGAUGAUCAGGAGCCAAGGAGGAGCUGCUUAAAAGCUUCCUGUCUGGAAAGCUAUAACCAUAAACCCUCCAGCAGUACUAUAAGUUCUGUGCAGUUAUAAACCUGUGCAACUAGGCAGGGAGUGGGGGGAAGUAACACUUUCUUACCACAUGGUCAGAGGUGACAGUCAGAUGCCAUGCCUCUGCACAGCUACACAAACUGCAUGGUGAGCUUUUAAGCAGCUGCAGAGUGCAUCCUGGUCAGCUCUUCCUCUACCAGAGAGCCUGCUUUUCAGAAAACUGGCAGUGCAGCUUCACACUGGGGCAGUCUCCUCCUUCCCUCUAGUCCAGGAAUGGGGAAAACUGUGGCCCUCCAGAUAUUGUUGGACUACAACUCCCAUCUUCCCCUGACCUUUGCCUCAGACCAUGCUUGCUGGGCCUGAUGGGAGCUGUAGUCCAGUCAUAUUUGGAGGGCUAUAGGUUAGCCAUCCCUGCCUUACUCUGUUUUCCAAGCGGGAAAGUGCAUUUGUUAUCAUGCAGAGUACCAGCAGAAACUUCCUUUCUGCCAAAUGCAAACUCCAUGCUGGAGCUGUAUGCCUUUGACAGUCAUCUUUCUAAAACUAAAACAACCCCCACCCCACCCCAAAUCCAAGUGAUCCUGUUCAUAUUCUUAGGAGCUCUCCAAUAUGAGAAAACAUUAAUCAUUCACCUUUUUUACAGUGUCCUACCUUUGUUUCAGUGUUUGCUUUGACUUCUAAAAUGAUGUUCACAGGUCAGUGGAGCACAGCUAUUAUUCUAUCUUUCCUUCUUUGUUCCUAGGUUUCAGCAGUGCCCACAGUCCUGGCUAUGAAGAACGGCGAUGUGGUGGAUAAGUUUGUAGGGAUAAAAGAUGAGGAUCAGCUGGAAGCCUUCCUCAAGAAACUUAUGGGACCUUGAGCAACCCAGGCCAAGUGUGUGAAUAUGCCCCAGGACUCUUUCCCCUUUUUGUUUUUAAGCCUAGUUCCUUGGGAGGAGAUGAGGGACAGCGGAACUGCCUUGGAGCAGUUGGGCUAGUGUCCGGUUUUGGGAGGGAACAGGCUGCACCAUUCUAGCUCAGCCUUCUCCUUAGGAGGUGGGGACAAACUGCCAUGGUUCUGAGCUUGAUGGGAAGGUUGGUUACUCUGUGGGAGAAGAGGACUAGAGCCUGCUGCCUGUCUGCAAAUAGCCGUGGCAAGAAAUGGAAGACUCCCAGCAAAGACAGGGGAGAAGCUUCCCUCAUCCUGCUCCAGUCCAGAUCCUGUACAAUUAGUAGCUGCUGCCUGUGAGAGAUGGUGGCAGACUUCCUUAGAAAAACCAGUUCCCCUGCUACAUCUCUCCAGUCUGUGUCCUUUCCCACCCUCUCUGUCCAGGGGUACUUUUUAAUCAUGCGGCUCUCUUUGGCCACUGCUGCAACACACACCCCUCCCUGUGCGCUGCUGUUUAUAAACCAAAUGAAGAGAAACAUUGUUUGGAAUCUUCUCCCCCCCCCCCCAUUUUUUUUUUUUUUUUGGUAGAUCUGUAAUAAAGACAGCUUUAGUAAUUGCUCCGUUCCCAUUUUUGUAGAUAAUUCUUCAUGAGCUGAGAGAGAAGGUUCUUCCCUUCUGCAGGAAAGCUGAAGCCCUUCCACUUGGCUUGGGCGGUUGUGGGUUUGAGCAGGGGAGUGUUGGCAAGGAGGGUCUUGGGAUCACCCGUCUUUCAUCAAACUAGAAGAUACUUAGGCAGCCUGUUGCAGUGAUGCCAGUCUUCAUGACAAAAGUAGGGCAGGGAUGGGGAGUCCCAACAGCCUGAACCAGCUUGGCCAGGAAUCAGUGAUGAUGGGAGUUUGUUAUCCAGCAAGAUGAAGCAAGCUGGUUUUCCCUUGCUCCAGAAGGUAGGACUUGAACCAGUGGCUUCAAGUUACAAGAAAAGAGAUUCUGACUAAAUGCCAGGAAGAACUUACGGACAGUAAAAGCUGUUUGACAGUAGAAUGAUCUCCCUCGGGAGGUGGUGAACUCUCCUUUCUUGGUGGUUUUUAAGCAGAGGUUGGAUGGCCAUCUGUCAUGGAUGCUGUAGUUGAGAUUCUUUCAUUGCAGGGGGUUGGACUAGAUGACCCUUGGGGUCCCUUCCAGCUCUACGAUUCUGUGAACAUCUUGACGUCCACAUAUUCCCCACCACUACUUUAAUGACAUUUUCCCAUCUGUUCUUGAGAUGGCCCAUUCCACCAUCAUGAACAGAGGCCAGCCCUGAAGUUUUUCAGUGAUGAACAUGAAAUGCUUUCUUUGUAAAUCAUCUUUGAAAUCUUCAGUGAGGGGGUGGUGCAUUGGCAAACAAUAUAACCACAGCUGGGAACAUGGAUGCCAAAUUCAUAGAAAAUAAAAACACUGGUGACUAUUUUCUAAGGACCAAGCAGUCUCUGUUUCUGUUGAGUAUGGCCCUAGAGGUUAAACAGUCAAAAUGUGGGAGCUGGCAGUAGUUGGGAUUUCUCAGCGCCUUGGGCUGCUACAUACUUCCUGUUAAACAGGGAUGCUAACCCUUGCCAGAGGCAGAGAGCGUGAUGG